AUGCUGCUCGAUAUUUCGCUCCCAGAUUGGACUUUACCCCUUAUUUGUGUCGUUGCAAUAACAGCUCGUUUCCUUUACAAUAAAUUCGGAUAUGGCAUAUCUCGGAUUCCGGGACCAUUUCUAGCCUCAUAUACCGAUCUCUGGCGCUUCUUCCUCGUUUGGGGUGGUCGCGCCGAGCUCACGCAUAUCAAGUUACACGAGAAAUAUGGGCCGCUGGUAAGAAUAGGCCCGAAAAAUGUCUCGGUGUCAGAUUCCGGUGCGGUAAAGCUGAUUUAUGGCCUAGGUGCCGGUUAUGCUAAGUCAGGCUUUUACCCCGUUCAACAACCUGUGACAAAGGAUGGUUUCGUUUUACAGGGAUUAUUCAGUACUACUGAUGAAAAAUACCACGCGAAACUCCGACGCGCGGUAGCAAAUGCUUAUGCUAUGAGUACACUCGUUCAGUUUGAACCCUUUGUCGACUCAACCACCACUGAGUUUUUAAAGCAGCUCAGUCAGCGCUACGCAGACAAGCCGGAUACAGUUUGCGACUUUUCUCGAUGGCUCCAAUUCUACGCAUUUGAUGUGAUUGGAGAGCUGACCUUCUCAAAGAGAUUGGGAUUUGUAGACCACGGUAUUGACGUGGACAACAUUAUUAGAGAUAAUGAACGGAUGCUCGGAUACUUUGCAGUGGUUGGCCAGGUCCCCAUUCUAGACAAGCUCUUGCUGAAAAACCCAAUUCGAUUAUUAUGUAGUCGGAUGGGUUUGAUCAAUGCGACAUCACCUGUGGCGUUUUUUGCGAAAACACGAAUGGAGGAAAGGCUGGAUAGUACUCACCCUAAGUCGAAAGAAGGCGGCCGCCAUCACGACUCAAAGCGAGAUUUCCUGUCGCGGUUCAUGGAGGCCGGGAAUAAAGACCCAACUUUCAUGAACCGAAGCCGUAUCCUCUCGCUGACUGCCGCCAAUAUGUUUGCUGGUUCGGACACGACAGCCAUAUCCUUACGCUCCAUAUUCUAUUUCUUACUUAAAAACCCUUCAAAGCUCCAUAAACUACAACAGGAGCUCAAUCAAAAGGAACACGACGGCUUCUUCUCUCGUAAAGACAGGCUUGUGCGCUGGGCCGAAGCGAAUGAACUUUCAUAUCUGGGAGCCGUCAUAAAAGAAUCACUUCGUAUCCAUCCUGCGGCCGGGCUACCACUCGAGCGAGUAGUUCCUUUAGGUGGUACUGAGAUCAGUGGCCGAUAUCUCCCGGCAGGGACUGUAGUUGGGUGCAGUGCUUGGACAAUCCAUCGCAGCAAGGAAAUCUUUGGAAAGGAUGUCGACGCAUUCCGUCCGGAACGGUGGCUGGAAGAUCCGGCAAAUAUAUCCAACAUGAAUCAAUCUUUGUUUACCUUCGGUGCCGGAGCUCGAACAUGUGUUGGGAAGAACAUUAGUUAUCUGGAGAUGUAUAAGCUGGUGCCUGCCAUCUUCAGGACGUUCGACGUGCAACUCGCGAACCCUUCUGAGGAGUGGCAUCUCGAAAACAAAUGGUUUGUGAAGCAGAGUAACUUCUAUGUGCAAUUUACUGCUAAAGGAAGGAAAGUGUAG